UUUACCUGUACAGACAGAGGAUCUCACUGUUCGCACGAAACCUGUUCUAGUAGACAUAUUAUGGACUGCAUGAGGACGUGUGGUAUUUGUACAGACACCGACUGUGUAGAAAGAUACUUCAGAAUUCAGAACCCAGACGAACCUUGUCGUCCGUGUGAGGAAACAACAGUAGAAGACAAAACCAAUGCGACGUUUGAAAACAAUUGUCAACAAUGUCAAACUAAUGGGAGACGUGGUCCAGAUUGCAAACAUAACUGCAGUGAAAGAUGCGUACAAAAGAAAUGUGAUCGAUGGACUGGUGUCUGUGAGAGGUGUAAAACUGGCUAUUGUGGAAGUAUAUGUUUCAAACGUGGACACUGUGAUGUCUGUGAUGAUCGAGGUGUCUGCAUUGGUAGCUGUCAUCAAGGGUGGUUUGGAAUGUUAUGUAAGCUCCAUUGUCACGUGAAAUGCAAAAGAUGUGACAGGUCUACUGGACAAUGCUAUCAAUGUGCAGAAGGAUAUUCUGGUACUAACUGCACUGAACCCUGUCCCACAACAUGUAGGAGUAUAUCUUGUCAACAAGAUGGCACGUGUCCUGAAGGAUGUAAGGAUGGUUUCUAUGGAGACAAGUGCUCAAAAACCUGCAACACGAACUGUUUCAACGAACGUUGUCACCAAGCUAUCGGAUCGUGUGCAGAUGGUUGUCUUCCAGGUUACUCCGGAGAGAAGUGGGACAUAACGUGUCAUGGAAUGUGUCUUGACAACUCCUGUGACAGCCCUAUGGGUAAAUGUAAAGAGGGUUGCAGCAGGCCCGGUGUGUACGGUCCUUUCUGUAACUAUACUUGUAAUGGUAACUGCGAGUCUGUGCGAUGUCAGAUGGAUGCGUCUGGUGAGGUUCUGUGUAGUGCUGAAUGCAUCAGUCGUAAAAUGGGAGACCACUGUACAUAAGACUGCCCUGCGUAUUGACUUGCUUCCGUCGCAAGAUCAACCCACCUCGGUGGAUCCAUUCAAAUGAUUGGGUGUUUUUUUCUCUCGUUACAACCAGUCAUUGUAUGUGCGUUCUUGUCUGUGGGAAAGUGCAUAUAAAAGAUCCGUUUCUGCAUUAAGGGAAAUGUAGCUAAUUUUCUCUUAUCUCUUUCGUGUCAGAAUUACCAAACGUUUGAUAUCCAAUAGGCGAUUAUUACUUAAUCAAUGUGCUCUAGUGGUGUUGUUAAACGAAACAAACUUUAACUUUUUACUGAGUAGGUUUGUCUAUGGUCUAUAAUGUUUGACUGUACUUUAUUUUAAU